GUUAACCGCGGUGGGGGUAGAACGUGCCGCCUGUUUUCAAAGCUGAAGUGAGUUCGUUGACGACAUUUAGUUGUUUUUUUUUUAAAUGUGUGUUGUGAUAAAACGAAGACUAUGGGAAUGAUUAUCUGAAAGAUACAGAAGCCGGGCCCGAAACAUCAGGUGGAAACGAAAAUCAGAUAAAAUGGAGAGACGCGUCGCCGGAGUCAUCUACAUACUAAUCACGUUCGCUUUGGUUAAUGAGAUGUCGAUGAACGUGCAGGCCAGGGACAGCAGCAAACGGAGAACGAAAGAGAGGUCAGGAGGAUUUCAGGACAACAUUUGCGACAUAACAGACAGGGACUCAAAAGUGCAUUGCUAUUGCGAAAACACCAGGGAACCGAGGAAUGCGACUAAAGCGGAAUGCUGGAUAUUCAAUGGCGGAAUUCCUCGCGACGACCUCGUCUGGCAAAGUUUCGCUUCUCAGCCCACUUUGCAAGCAUUGUCUUUCAACGUUCGAGUCGAAGGCGCUUUGAGCUACGUGCCGACCAAAGCUCUGAUGUACUUACCGCGUCUCAGAUCCAUCAAUAUAAAAUACGGAAAUAUUUUAGAAGUAUCAUCUUUUGCUUUCGCUAAUCUCACCCAUUUGAGAGAAACUGGCUUAUCGCAGAAUCAAAUAGAAACAUUACAGCAGUAUUCGUUCGCUCACUUGCCAAAUGUAACGACGAUAAAUUUAGAAGAUAAUACGAUUUUAGACAUAGACGCGGAGGCCUUUUAUGACGUGCCGAAACUACAAAAGCUGGUGUUCACGAAAAACAAUAUAUCAACGAUAAGGAAUGGGACGUUCCAACACACGUUCAAUCUAUUGGAGUUGGAUUUGAAUAAAAAUAAUAUAUACAAUUUGAAUCGUCGCACAUUUGAUGGAUUAGCGAACUUGAGGAAAUUGGACCUGCGAAAGAAUAGAAUACAGAAUCUGACCGAAUUCACUUUUGCCGAGCUAUGGAACUUGCAGGAGCUGUUACUGGGAAAAAACGAUUUGAAAUUCAUUUCUGAAAGGGCGUUCGACGGAUUAUCGCAGUUACGGAAACUGUCCCUGGACGAUAAUAAGCUUGGGUCCCUACCGUCUGGCUUAUUUGAGGGAGUGCGGGGCCUGAGUUCGCUGGACCUGCGUUCGAACGAGCUUCACGCUUUGACUUACGACAAUAUCAAACCGAUCCUCGAUAAUUUGAAGCCGCAGAAUAGCAACUUGCUGCUCGAAGAUAACAGCUUUGUAUGCAAUUGCAAUUUAAAAUGGAUGCAUGCCUUGAGGAAUGAAACGAAAAGUCAGAACACUAAGGAUUCGUUAGAGAACGUGACAUGUAGACUGGACCCACCAAUCGUCAGCUCUGCUUACAACAAAAUACCCGAAACGGACAAUGCACCUUUCAACCAGGAGAUCCUGCACGCUGGACUGACCAUAGAAACCCUCAACGAGAAGAUGAACAUAACGGAGAAGAAAGGAGAUCUCAAGGACAUCGUCGAAGCCGCCAAUGAAAUCCAAACGAAGAAGGGAGUUAAAAGGAAUGUUUUGAAAUUUCCCCCGGAAACUUUACCAUGUCCCAGGGAGGUCGUUAAGACCACCGAGGCUCCUACAUUUAUAAUCGAUCCAGUUAUUCCAAUACAGAACGAAAUGAAAACGUAUAGGUAUCAUGAAAUGAAUUCUGGUCACGGCCUGUCGCUUAGAUUUAGCAUAGUGUUAUAUAACAUCUGUUUAGCUUUCUUUUUCACUUAGGCUAUUAAUGUUUAAGGACCUAGAUAUAUAAUAUUAAAGGAUACUAUAUUAUUUUCGUGGCUGUGUAUUGAAGAGUAUUAAGAAAACAGCUGCAAGUUAUUUUAAUGUUUGUACGUGUGCGAUAGAGCUCAGAAUCUUUUGGGAAAAUGGAACCGUCCAAUUUCAGUGAGCUUCAAUAAAACUUUUUUUUUCUUUGUUUAAUAAACAGUAUUAACUUUAAAACAAGAACAAUAUUUUUAUAAUGAAAAUUAAUAUUAUGAUUGUCUUAUUUUCCUUAAUGAUAUCGAAAGUAAUAAAAGAAGUUAUUAUCAAAUCUAAUAUUCAAAGUUUAAAAUUUAAACUUUUAAUUUAGUUUGACUUAAAAUAUUCUUAUUUAGAUUGACUGAUAAAAUGAGCAAGUGUGUAAAGUAAACAAAUACAUAAACGUGUUAACAUAUUAUUCAUUCCAAAAAUAAAGCGGGUGGAACCGCAGGAUAAACUUGGUAUUUCACUAGAAUGCGAACGACAUUUGUCAAAUUAUAUUAAGUCAAUUGCUCUGUCGUUAGUCAGUCGUAAAUGAAGACUUUGAAUUUCUCAAUAAUCUUCAGUACAUAGCUAUCAAAGACCGCUUAAAACAAACAAACCACAUAAUUGAGCCACAUUAUAAAGUAAACACAAAUUAUUUAUGUCCUAUUAAUGCGUCAAAGUUUUCUCUGCCUUGCUACUAAGAUAGUCCCAUAGUACCAGGCGGCUAGAACUUAGGUUCGAGAUACUAUGUGCACCACUUUGAUGACCAUAUUCAUCGCCUAUUAGUAUAUUAUGAGAGCUUAAUAAGGCAUUUGGGCUACAAGGAAACUUUGUUGCACUGAUUACGAAAACGAAUAAGAAUAGCACUUACUGUUUAACGCGAUUAUGAUCACAGAUUAUACCCGAAUGUAUGUUUGUAAUUUUAAUAUAGAAACUAUUGUAUCUAAAUGUAAGACAUGAUCUCAGUAUGGUUAGUGUGAGUAUUUUUCAUUUAAUUACUAAUUUAUUAUUUGUGUGUGUAUGUAUAUGUAUAUCUUUAUAUGACGGCUCACAAUGAGCCUUUAUGGGUUGGGCUAAUCUUUCUAUUUUUGCGGCAAAGUUUUAAGUUCUGUCUGGAAAGUGGGAACAGCUAUUUUACAAUAUAAUUAAGAUUUCGACUCGACUCGAUUCCUUAGCACGCACCUUACACGUUAUGUCUAUGAAAUAACUUAGUAUUGCCUUUUAUUUCGAUUUUUGUUAUACAUACACAAAAUAUCACUACAUAGUAUAAAACAAAGAAGCUUUCUCUGUCCCUAUAUCCCUAUGUAUGCUUAAAUCUUUAAAACUACGCAACGGAUUUUGAUGCGUUUUUUUUUAUAAGAUAAAGUGAUUGAAGAGAAAGGUUUGUAUGUACAAUAACAUCCAUUAAAUAGUGGAAAAAUCAAUAAUAAAUUACAGUUUCCGAAGCGAAGCGAAGGUGGGUCGCUAGUAAUCUAUAAACAAACAAAAUCCGAUGUAAUGAGCAAUGAAAAAAAGAGCGAAUUAUGAAAAAUGAUGAUGUUUAGUAUACCUCAAAUACCUAGUCAGGCUCGAACCUAAAAACAGCGUAAUGAGUCGAACAAGCAACACCGCUAGACUACGAAAACGUUUCACUAUAGCACCUGUGUAUAUCUGCGUGAAGCAGUAAUGCGUUUCGAUUUGAAGGGCGGGGCAGCCGUUGUAACUAUACUUGAGACUUUAGAACUUAUAUCUCAAGGUGGGUGACGCAUCUACGUUGUGGAUUUAUAUGGGCUCCAGUAACCACUGAAUACCAGGUGGGCUGUGAGCUCGUCCACUCAUCUAAGCAAUAAAAAAAACCAUGUUCGAUCGCCACGCUGUUUUAUUUCUUUAAUUUCAUGAUAUUAGAAAUCCAAAGCUAAUGAAAGUGAAACACGAGAAUCACUUCAUAGGAUGGACUUGAAAUUAACAAUAUUUAUCCCUGAUACUAUACACCUCGCGACCAAUGCUUAAAACUGUAGGAUAAAUCUACUCUUCCUCUUAAUUUUAGGGCGCUAUGAUCUUAUCUUUCUUCAAAUGAGACUCCAACAGGAACUGACAUAAUUGUGCCUAUGGUAUUGCCAGUUUUUAUGGGGCAUUGACCGCAUUCCCGCAAGUUGGCUGCAAACUCAUCAAAAACAUUUGCACAUAGUUUUGUACAUAGCAUAAUAUAUUUCAACUUUAGCUAAGGGUCUUAUUACGAUGGUAAUGAAUCGCUGCAUAUAAGCCGAAAGGACAUAUGUGUAUUAAGAUAUUAAAUGUAUUUAGUCUUUAGUUGUAAACCACUAACAGUGAUUUUAGUUUGUGCAAAGUAACAAUAGCAACUUUACGAUGGUAGUUUCGAGAAUUUGAUGAAAAAAAUUCACAAUCUCCUUCCGCUUGUUUAACAUAAGUAAUAAUAAAAGUAUCAUAUAAUUUUUAACAACUCAAUUAAGGUUCCCCGAAGAAAGGAAGUUACGAUAAUAAGAACUGAAGCUAAAAAGGGACGAAGCACGUGAAACCUUAACGUUCGAAAGGGAUGAACAGAGGUAAAUCGGUUUUUGUGCGGAAGAACAUAAAUAAGAGUAACCCUCAAAUUUGGCUUAUUAAAUUUUUGUAGCAUCUUGUUUUGAAUAGUGCUCGAGGUCUUGCGGUAUUAAGCCUGUCUCAUUCUCAAGCGGUUACUGUAUUAAAGGUUCAAGACUGGAUAUGUACCACUCACAAAAAUUCCAAAUUCCAAUCGGUAAUCUUGUCGCCAGAAAUACAAAAAAUAAAUAUUUAUAUAUUUGUUGGGAUUUUAUGUGCUCAAGUGUUUAAUAUUUGAUUCAUUUGAAACUUUGGGCAGUUAUUGUUAGCAAAUCUAUUAAACUAUUAAGGCCCGAUAGGUAGCGGGUGUAUUAUGGUUUUAACUCAUGGCUGCUUUUUGACGUGACAACGUCUUAUAAUUCGAUGGAGCCGGCUGCACGCACGAAAAACCAUGACUCAUGCGGCGUUACCUCACUCUGAGGCGUUCCAUUUGAGGCUUGAAGUGCAAGCGAGAGCGCGCAACGAGCAACAAAGAAGCACCAUCGGCCUCCGCGUACGGCAGCGUUCGACAUCUGUCUCUCUCCUACUUGAGUGAGCGAUGCAUCCGCGUGGACAGCUGCAUUUACAUGUUUUCGUCAAGUAUGAAGUUCAGUGAAAAGUGAAUGUAGUGUCAAUUGUUUAUAGCAACGAUAAUUGCGAUAAUUGAAAAAUAAAACCAUUCCAUCAGUAUUUUCUUAUGACGUUGUCACGUUCAACUAUCGUCAGUAAGCCGACUUUACAGACAACCGAUUUUUUCAUAAAUUAAGAAGAACUCAGGGUUUCAAAGUAUGUCUUAUGUUUGUAUGUUGGAAUACAAAAUAACUGUAAUUAAUGUAGUGAGUCUAUAAGUACGGUCAGCUACAGAAUUCCCUAUAUAUCUUAAUCUCUUUAUUCUUAUGAACACUUGAAAUAAAUAAAUAAAAAGUUGACGUUAGUGCUUUUGUUUACUACAUGCGUAAAAUGAUUAUAUAUUUAGUAAAAUAUAUUUUAUUAAAAUGAUAAGAAUACAAAUUAUAUUCCUUAAUUUAUAAGAAUGCGACCACUAAUUAGUGUACUUUAUUAAUCAUAGAUGGCGUUGAUUUCAGUUUUUUUUAUUGUACUAUCCAUGCACUUUUGCGGCCCACUGUACAUACAGACUACGUAAAAAACUUGCAAAAAUUUACGAAAUUAUUAUAAUACCUAAUGCAAUUUAAUUUUUAAUGACUUGUGAUGUAUUUUCUUGUCAGCUUAAAAUAUAAAGGCAUGAAUAGAUUGUAAUUCACUUAUGUAUUCACUAGCUGUAGCCGGCGGCUUCGGCUGCGUGAUCAAAGAAAUGUGUCCGUGUAAUUUGCCGUGAUAAUUACGUAUUGUUCGGGAUAAAAUGUAGCCUAUGUCACUCUUCUGACUGAAUACUAUAAAUUUUAAUAAUCAUGUCAAUCUGUUGCUUCGUUUCGACGCGAAAUAAGGACAAACAAACACACUUUCACAUUUCUAUUAGUAGGAUUUUGAUUGAUUAUAAAUGUUUUGGGAUCCAAUCAAGACUUUCUACGUCACAGCUCGUGUUUCUCAUACCGUGACCUGUGUACUGGACGGGCUUAUCAACGCAUUUAAGAUAUUAAAAGAAGCUAAUUGGUUAUCAAAUAUUCUAAGUAUCCACAGAAAUAAUGAAGAUCCAUUCAUCUCUAGUUCUAAUCGAGAACGAAUAGCCUCUAAUAGAGAAGAUUUUCUUAAAUGUUUUGUUUUCUAUACUAUACGAUACUCACACUUGUGUCAUUGAUAAAAUUAAAUGCGUUCUUAUGUGUAUAAAUAUUAA